GUACCAUUGUCUUUGYAUGAAAAUCAUGCAAAAAAUGACGGAAAAGAAGAAAAACAUAAGUCAUCUUGCUCCUGUUGUUCAGAUUUUGACAUUCAUGAUGAUUAUGGCAUGUAGCAAAGGAGAAAGAGGCUGUAGAGAACUCAAAUAUCUCAAUUGUAUUGAAAACAAAACGUUGACUGGUCACGUGAUCAAAACCACCAACSUCAUAGCGCCAGGACUGGAGGAAUGUCAAAUGAGGUGCUUUGCUGUUCAUGAUUGUGUCUYGUACAAUUUGGGACCARWAAAUGRUCACAGAAGAACAUGCGAACUGAGUUCAUCUGAUCAUUGGACAUUCCAUGAUGCUCUUAAAGACAUGAAGGGCCAUGAAUACUGCCCUAUCAAGAAUCGSUGUUCGUCGAAACCUUGUCCAACUGCUAAACCGCUCUGCUAUCCUGACUUUGCUUGGGAUAAGCACACCUGCAGAGAUGGUGUCUGGGGAACAUGGGGUCCGUGGUCAGUUUGCACUUGCCAAAAAUCACGCAUUCGCGCUUGCCAAUCUAGUACAGGAGGACAAGCAUUUGACUGUGGCCCUGGGCCGAGCACAGAAACUAACGCAUGUCCAAUUUCAAUAGCGUCAGAACAAUGUUCUAAAGCGCUUGGUAUGGAGGAUGGGAGCAUCCCAGAUAGUCACAUCACCGCCUCCUCGACUCACGACAAUAUGUGUUUACCCAAAUUCGGUAGACUUCACAGGAAGUACACGAAUUUAAAUAUCGACGGRUCCUGGUGCUCCAAAAUUGCGAAAAUAGACGAYUUUUUACAAGUUAAACUGGGAUCCACAAAGAUGGUGACAAAAAUAGMAACACAAGGUCGAGAUAUUUUACACUCAGCAAAGCAGUUCGUUACACAGUACGCCAUUUCAUACAGUACUGAUGGCUCUACUUGGGAGAACUAUUGCACCCCCUUAAAGAUAUUCCAAGGCAACACCGAUGUUAAGACUGUMGUAACCAACGAACUGUCGMCACCGAUAACAGCACAACACAUCAGAGUUAUUGUCAAGGCCUUCCAUCAACAUCCCUCUAUGAGGAUAGAGCUGUAUGGAUUUCUAGAAGUCGCACUCGAGUGCGUGUUUUAUCGGACACAAAAUAUGAAGAAAAAGAAAACAAGGACGUCUUUGUUUGCUGUUCUUGAGCUUUUAGUAUUUUUGCUGAMUUCAGUAACAUGCAGCAACGGUGCGGGCGCCUGUAGGGAACUCGAAUACUUACAGUGCAUUAAAAACAAAACUUUCACUGCCCACGUAAUCACAAGCAGCAGAGUAAUGGCUCCUGGGAUAGAUCAAUGCCAAUCCUUGUGUUUUCGUGAAGGACUAUGUGUCUCGUACAACUUGGGACCAGUAAAUGAUGGUCAUAUCAGAACAUGCGAGCUGAGUUCAUCUGAUCAUUGGACAUUCCCUGAUGCUCUUAAAGACAUGAAGGGCCACGAAUACUGCCCUAUCAAGAAUCGGUGUUCAUCUAAACCGUGUCCCCUUGCUAAACCGCUCUGCUAUCCUGACUUUGCUUGGAAUAGCCACACCUGUAGAGAUGGUGUCUGGGGUCAGUGGGGGCCUUGGUCAUUCUGCACUUGUCCUUUGCAUGCAUUACGUACUCGUGCUUGCCAAUCUACCUCAGGAGGACAAGCACUGGACUGUGGGCAUGAACCGAGCUGGGAAACCAGUAACAGUGCGUGUCCAAAACCAGAGGACUCACAGCAAUUUUCUAAACCGCUUGGUAUGGAGGAUGGGAGCAUCCCAGAUAGUCACAUCAACGCCUCCACAUAUAACAGUGUUAAGUGUUUACCUCACUUCGGUAGACUCCACAGGCAGCCCACGGACAGUUUACAAAUCGACGUAUCUUGGUGUUCCAAAGUUCCUGCGAAAGUUGGCGAGUUUUUACAAGUAAACCUGGGUUCCACUAAGACAGUAACAAAAAUAGCAACACAAGGUCGAUAUACUCCAACAAACCCGUCAUUACGCAUACAAUUCGUUAAACAGUAUAGCAUUUCACACAGCACUGAUGGCUCUACAUGGGAGAACUAUGGCAACCCAAUAAAGGUAUUCCAAGGCAACACCGAUGUAAACUCUGUAGUAACCAACGAACUGUCGCCACCAAUAACAGCACAACACAUCAGAGUUAUUGUCAAGGGCUUCAAUAAACAUCCCUCUAUGAGGAUAGAGCUGUAUGGAUGCUAGAAACAUCAAACACGCAUGAGAAUUGCUAAAGAACACUCGUCCAUGAGAAUAGAGGUGUUUGCUGUAUGGACGCUACACCCAUCAAGCACACGUCAUAGUUGCCAAUGAAAACUCGCCUACGAGAAUUGUUAGCACGCGGUUUUUCGUUGUAUGUCCUCUUAUUAAUGUCUUAUAUUGUCAUAAAAUGUUCAUAAAACUCAAGGAGACCCCGAGCAUAGCGAGGGACAAACUGCGGCAAACCAUGUGUAAUGUUUUUACCACACUUAAGUUAAAAAUUAGCAAAAAUGAUUAUUUUCGAAAAACGACCGUUGAGCGGUGCAAUUAUAUAGAACCUAGCCUUCCGUUUUCCCUCUUUCUCCCUCCCCUAGAGCCACCAUGCAGGCUACAGUUUUAUAUACUGUUGAUUCUUUGACAUAUGUUGAAUCCGUUAUUUAAAGUAUAAGUUGACACUAGAGUCGGUUCACACAGUCAAUGGUUUAAUACAUAUCGAAAAGCACAUGUAGUGAAAUUACAUGCAUGAUUGCACAUAGAUAACUACGUAAUCAUCCGGGAUAUUACAUUUCUCCCUUGUUUUAAAAAAGAAUCAAUGUUCAUAUCUAUUAGUUCUUGAAAUCAUUAAAUGUCUUUUCCUGGUAUACAUAAGAAUACUUAUAUCUCUAUAAUCAAUAUGUAUCACAAUUCUCAUAAUAAUAAUAACUCAACAAUGUUCCAUCACAUGAGGACAGUAGUUUACACAUAGUCUUUUAGAUAGGUUGGUCUUCUUCUGUUCCUCUGUGGUCUUGCUUCAGCUUGCUUGGCUGGUGAAUGGACUUGCGGUGGUUUCUGCACUUGAUCUUGGUUUGCGUUAACAUUUUCAGUUACUCCUGAUGCUGCUUGACAAUUGGCUUGAGAGUAUCGUCUGCUUCUUCCUCUGGUUCUCCAAGUAUUUUCUCUCUCCAGUCUUCAUCUUUCACUGCUUCCAUUGAGUCUUCAGAACUUGAGAUAACUUCAUUGACUUGCUUAAAGUGGCUCUCGUAUCUCUUUUCCGUCCUUGAUUCUUCUGGCUGAAAUAGUAGAUCCUUCUAUUCUGUAGAUGAUAUGGAAUGCUGGUUCGUAUGCUGUCGUCCACUUGUUUUUCUUUGUCUGUUUCACUAAGACAUAGUCUCCGAUGAUGUAGUUAUGUUCUUUAGUGUUCUUAUUUUCUCGGUAUUUCUUUAUCUUUUCCUUGUACUCUUUGUCUCGUUCGUUGAUUUGUUCCUCGCGUUGCUUUGGCUGAGGCUCUAUCGUUGGGUAAUGGUCAAGUUUCGUCCGUACUUUUCGAUUCAUCAAUGCUUCGUAUGGAGUUACUCCUGUGGCGGGGUGAGGUGUGGAACGGUAUCCAAUAAGAAUAUCCUGUAUGGCUGUGGUUGUCCUUUUAUUGUAGGUUAGCGAUCUGUUCAGUUUUGCUGAGCGUUUUCAUGAAGCUUUCUGCCUCUCCGUUGGCUCUUGCGCGACAGGGUGUGACUUUGUGGUGAUGAAAUCCUUCUUUUUCUGCAAAGACUGCGAAGUCCUUUGAAUUGAAGGGUGGGCCGUUGUCACUUUCGACUCUGCSGGGUGUACCAUGUGUUGUAAAGAUCUUCUUUAGUUUGUUGAUCACAGGUUUGCUUGAUGUGGUGCUUAGGMGUUCUACCUCAACAUACCUCGUUCUCUUAUCCCUUACUACUAGUURAUAGUGUCCGUCGGGAUAUGGUCCUCCAAAGUCGAUAGCUAUGGUCUCCCAYGGUUCUCUUGGGAUUGUUSGUGACUUGAUUGGUUCUUCUCGAUGGCUUUUCACCGUCAYCUGACACUCAAAACAUUGUCCGAUUAUCUGUUCUACUAGAUUAUUCAUGGUCGGAAACCAGUACUUCUCUCUAAGCAUCUGUUUUGUUUUUGUUAUUCCUAAAUGACCAAGUCUGUGAGCUGUCUUCACMACCUUUCUUUGCAACGUGGYUGGUACGACGAUCUUAUUGUCUCUUAGAAUUAUUCCGUCAACUUCAUAUAAUUCUUGCCUGAUAUGGAAGUACGGUGUUAUGUCUGGAUCUUUGYRAUGUCGAGCCCAAUCUCCUUUAAUCAUUCGUUCACUCAGCUUCUGGAGUUGCUCGUCUUUURCUGUUUCUUCUCGUAUCUUGUCCAGUACGAUGGCGUGACUUGCUUCUGUGACCUGCUUGAUGAUUGCUUCAGUUUCUUCUUCUUCAUUGSUUGGUAGUGGAUGCCUUGAUAAGAAGUCUAAUGGAUCUUGUUCAUCCUUGCCAGGUUGGUAAACGAGUUCAAAAUCCACGUCUUGAACACGUCUUGCAUGUUCAUUAUACAUUUCUCUAUCCUUGGUGGAAUUUUCGCUGUUUAUUUAUUAUUUAUUUUAUCUGUUGAUUUAGGUAUGAGUGGUUUGUGACCUGUUAUUAUCUUGAAUCUAGGUGAUCCUAGAAGAUACAUCCUAAAUCUCUCUUUAGCCCAUGCGAUGGCUAAAGCGUCUUUUUCUGUCUGACUGUAGCGUUUCUCUGUAUUGGUCAUGGUUCGGCUGAUAAAAAAUGAACAGGUUGCAGACCUUUUUGUGUUUGUUGGAACAGUYCUGCCGAGAGUCCCUCGUGGAAACUGGCUUCUGUUCGGACUAUGGUUGGUCUUGUUGGAUCGAAGUAUGCAAUUGUAUCUUCGCUGGUGAUACUAUCUUUGAGCUUUUGGAAGGCUUCUUCUUCCUUUUCUCCCCAAGUAAACCUUGUGUCGCUGUGGGUGAGGGCUCUAAGAGGUGCAGUCGAUGUGGAGUACCGUAUUUUACUCGAAAAAAACUAUUUGUUUACAAAUGUGGUAUCUGUGAUGCUGUGAUCUCAUCGGAAUAAUGCAUCUGU